AUGCCGAUAAAGAUGAUACAGGACACUGCCGACCAGCGGGUCUACAUGAACGUCACCGCAAACCAGUGCCCAGGCUGCCCGGAAAACCUGGCUACUCGGCUGGUUAUGCAUAUUGUGUUCGACCACCUUAAGGACGAAGACCCGAUUAUAUUCGGUCAGGGCUGCGGCAUUGGGCGCGACUUCUUGCAGCGCAGUGGACUGGGAACCCAUGACAGCGGCAUUGUCGGAAUGCUCACUGCCAUGAAGGUCCGAAACAUAGAUCGGCCCAUCGUGGUAAUUGACGGGGACGGGCAGAUUGACCUGGGCUUGGAAGACCUGGCUACCAGCUUCCAGCAGGGCUACAAAUACCUCCACGUCGUGUGCGACAACCAGGCCCAUGCCGCCAGCGGCAGCCACGCCACCGGCAGUACGCCACCCAUGGCCCGCACCAGUGUCCGGCCGACAGGAAAGCUCCGGCACCCCAAGCACUUCGCCUUGAUGCUUAUGUUCAGUGGCGCGGAAUACGUAGCCACUGCAUCCACUUCCCAUCCCCAGGACCUGGAACGCAAAAUAAAGGCUGCCAGCACCAGGCUGCCAGCAUUCAUCCAGAUAUUGACACCUUGCAACCCCUCGUGGGGGUACGACGACAACAAGGGGAUUGAGGUAUCAAGGUUUGCGGUGGAAAGCGGUAUUUGGCCCCUCUACGAGUGGAAAGACGGCGUAUUCCAGCGCCAGAACAUCAUGCGCAAGUCCAGUGUUCGAGACUACGUGGGUUCCCAGCGCCGAUUCGCUCACCUGGGCGACGAAGGCAUCGCCCAAAUGGAAGAAUACGUCAACGAUCUCAACCGUAUGAUGAUCAAGUUGGAAACGGGAUUCUCCGCUUAG